AUGACUGAUAAUAAGAGUGAAAAUGACAGCGAUAAUAACAGCGAUAAUAACAGUGAAAAUGACAGUGAUAAUAACAGUGAUAAUGACAGUGAUUAUAACAGUGAUAAUAACAGUGAUAAUAACAGUGAUAAUGACAUGAUAAUGACAAUGAUAUUGUACAGUGAAAAUGACAAUGAUAAUAACAGUAAUAAUGACAGUGAUAAUGACAGUGAUGACACUGAUAAUGACACUGAUAAUAACACUGAUAAUGACACUGAUAAUGACAGUGAUAAUGACAGUGAUAAUAACACUGAUAAUAACAGUGAUAAUGACAGUGAUAAUGACAGUGAUAAUGUACAGUGA